CGGAAGUGGGGCCUGGCUGGAUUUUGGCGGCGACGGCGCCGACCGAAGGCUGAGGAAGGACCGGGGACGAGGCGCCGACUGGAUCCACCCCCACCUCCUCCUCCUCCCCCCCUCGGUCUGCAUUGAAGCAGCAGCGCUAGAAGAGGACACGAAGAUGAGCAGCUCGGAGGAAGUGUCCUGGAUCUCCUGGUUCUGUGGGCUGCGUGGCAACGAGUUCUUCUGCGAGGUUGAUGAAGAUUAUAUUCAGGACAAGUUCAACUUGACUGGGCUGAACGAGCAGGUGCCUCAUUAUCGUCAGGCCUUGGACAUGAUUCUUGACCUCGAGCCUGAUGAGGAGCUGGAGGAUAACCCCAACCAGAGUGACCUGAUCGAGCAGGCAGCCGAGAUGCUGUACGGACUGAUCCACGCCCGUUACAUUCUCACCAACCGAGGAAUUGCCCAGAUGUUGGAGAAAUACCAGCAAGGGGACUUUGGCUACUGCCCUCGAGUGUACUGUGAGAACCAGCCUAUGCUUCCCAUUGGACUGUCCGACAUCCCUGGAGAGGCGAUGGUGAAGCUGUACUGCCCCAAGUGCAUGGACGUGUACACGCCAAAAUCAUCGCGGCACCACCACACGGACGGGGCCUACUUUGGCACGGGCUUCCCCCACAUGCUCUUCAUGGUGCACCCAGAGUACAGGCCCAAGCGGCCUGCCAACCAGUUUGUCCCAAGACUGUACGGCUUCAAGAUACACCCCAUGGCCUACCAACUCCAGCUCCAAGCUGCCAGCAACUUCAAAAGCCCAGUCAAGACUAUCCGUUAGAGAAAGAAGAGAGAGCGAGAAAGAGAGAGAGUGAGAGCGAGACCCGGGCAACUCCUCAAGAAAAGAUGUCCAUGUUUUAACAGCGUGCCCGCAGACAGAUGAUAUGCCACCAGGCUGUAAACCGUGUUGACUUUAACUAAAGAAACUCUUUGCCUUCACCUCCCCUCUCUCCCUCCCUAACCCCCCCACCCCCACCCCCUCCAAAACCACAUUAUUCUGUUAUUGCCGCUUCCACUCCCCUGUCCCCAUUCACAGUCAUGAACUGAAGUUGGUGCCAAUGGAUUUCUUUUCAGUGGGGAAACAAAAAAAACUUUAAAACGUUUCAUCAACACAAAAAUGAA